AUCUCCUCAAAUUCAAUUCCAUUACAUUCCCUUUCCCUCUUCCCAUAUUUCACAUUUCUCCGAUUAUUUGAUCCAUCUAAGAAGAGCAUGAGUUGCAAUGGCUGCCGCGUCCUUCGAAAAGGCUGCAGCGAGACCUGUAUUCUAAGACCUUGUCUCCAGUGGAUCGACACCACCGAAGCGCAAGGCCACGCCACCGUCUUCGUCGCCAAAUUCUUCGGCCGCGCCGGCCUCAUGUCCUUCAUCUCCGCGGUCCCCCACUCCCAGAGGCCAGCUCUAUUUCAGUCGUUGCUGUUCGAGGCGGCCGGAAGGACGGUGAAUCCGGUGAACGGGGCGGUGGGGCUGCUGGGGACGGGAAAUUGGCAUGUGUGCCAGGCGGCGGUGGAGACGGUGCUCCGCGGCGGCGCGUUGAAGCCACUCCCGGAGCUCCUCGGCGGCGCGUCGGCGCCGGACGACGCCUCGGACUGCACCGACGCGUUCCGCCUCCACAGCCCGGUGAAACGGCGCCGUUUGCCCGAGGAAGCAGCGGCGCCGAAGGCCGAUCUCGAUCUCAGCUUGACGCCGGGUUUCCGAGGCGGCGUCUUGCCGGAGAAGCCGCGGCGCCUCGGGAGCCCGUCGAUGAAUUCGGAGGAAUCGGUGACGACGACUUGCGGAGAUCGGCGAGCGAAUGAAGUGAAAUUGUUGAAUUUGUUUAGUUAAAUUAGUUUUUUUCGAAUUUUUUUUUUUUUUUUUUUUGGGUCCUCGUAGAGAGGUUUAUUUGCCGGAGAUUUUUUCCGGCUGAUUUUGAAGUCGUCGGCGCAGGAUUUCCCUCUUUUUGCUGGUUGAUUAUGUGUAGAAGGAAAAAGUAGGGGAAAAUGAAUGUAUUUCCAACGAUAGCUUUUGCUUCCUUAUCUGUAUCUUCUUCUAUUUUCUGCAUCCAAUGACUGUUGGAAUUUGAAUAAUUGAGUUGCUUUUAGCUUUUUCAA